ACUCCUGACAGCAGCGGCCGCGGGAGGAGGUGCGGGAGCCACAGGAGGAUGGGCCGCCGCUAGGCUCGCACUCGGGACGCGCCUCGCCGUGCGCAGGGGGGUGCCCGCGCCUGCAGCGUCCGCGAAGGCGGCGCGGCGGGAGGUGGCUGAUCGGCUCGGGGCCUCGCAGCCUCAGUCCCCGGCCCAGCGGGCCUUUCCGCGGCGGCGCCUGGCCAAGCUGACCGUUCGCUCCCGGUCCUUCGAGGGCGAGAGAACGGAAACCUCUCAACUUCCUGAGUUCUAGAGUUACUGUUGCUUUGGACAAUGGAUGAGCAAUCACGAGGAAUGCAAGGGCCACCUGUUCCUCAGUUCCAGCUACAGAAGGCCUUACGACCGGAUAUGGGCUACAAUACAUUAGCCAACUUUCGCAUAGAGAAGAAAAUUGGUCGUGGACAGUUUAGUGAGGUUUAUAGAGCAGCCUGUCUCUUGGAUGGAGUGCCAGUAGCUUUAAAAAAAGUGCAGAUAUUUGAUUUAAUGGAUGCCAAAGCACGUGCUGAUUGCAUCAAAGAAAUAGACCUCCUUAAGCAACUCAACCAUCCAAAUGUAAUUAAAUAUUAUGCAUCAUUCAUUGAAGAUAAUGAACUAAACAUAGUUUUGGAAUUAGCAGAUGCUGGUGAUCUGUCCAGAAUGAUAAAGCAUUUUAAGAAGCAAAAGAGGCUAAUUCCUGAAAGAACUGUUUGGAAGUACUUUGUCCAGCUCUGCAGUGCAUUGGAGCAUAUGCAUUCUCGAAGAGUCAUGCAUAGAGAUAUAAAACCAGCUAAUGUGUUCAUUACAGCCACUGGGGUGGUAAAACUGGGAGAUCUUGGGCUUGGUCGGUUUUUUAGCUCUAAAACUACAGCUGCACAUUCUUUAGUGGGUACACCUUAUUACAUGUCUCCAGAGAGAAUACAUGAAAAUGGAUACAACUUCAAGUCGGACAUCUGGUCUCUUGGCUGUCUACUGUAUGAGAUGGCUGCAUUGCAGAGUCCUUUCUAUGGUGACAAAAUGAAUUUAUACUCAUUGUGUAAGAAGAUAGAACAGUGCGACUACCCACCUCUUCCUUCAGAUCACUACUCAGAGGAACUACGGCAGUUAGUUAACAUGUGCAUCAACCCGGAUCCUGAGAAGCGACCAGACAUCACGUAUGUUUAUGAUGUAGCAAAGAGGAUGCAUGCGUGCACUGCAAGCAGCUAAACACAGCCAAGAUCAUGAAGAACAUAACCAAGAUAAUUUAAAGUAUUUUUGUGCAAGUCAUACCUCCCCAUUUUUGUCUGGGUGUCAAGAUUCUUAUUUCAGAGCUAAUGGGCUUUGAAUCCUUAACCAGUUUUCAUAUAAGCUUCAUUUUGUACCAUUUUAAAUCUUCUUGCAAACCCAAAAUGACUUCAGGAUAAUAGAAUUGCAUGUUAGGAAAGCAAGUGAACUAGGAUCGUUUUUAAUGGCUGCAGAUUUUUUGAAUUAUUCUCAGUUUCUGCUAAUGAAUUGUGUUCAAAUAGAAUGUCAGUGCCAAAAUACUAAAGGUGCACCUUGGUGCACCUCACAUCAGGAUGGAUGUGAAGCCUGAGGAAAAGGAUUUGAACGACUGACUUGCUUGCUUUUUAGUUACUUAAGGAUAGAGAUGAACACAAUUGUGAACAUUUGUGAUUUGUUUUUUAAGUUUGAAGUAUAUGUUUUAGUAUUGUAGCUUUCAAGUAUAAUUCGUAUGCUAAAUAUACAGAAACUUUGAGAAACAUUUAGAAUUCUUAGUUUAUACCUUCAAAAUCAACUAUUAAAUGUGAAAAGUUUUGGGGACAAAAUGUGAGUCAGACACUGAAGAGUCUUGUGUUUUAAUAUCUUUGAUAUUCUCUUUGUAUUUAAAUGGUAUAACUGAAUUCAUUUUAAAAAGUGGUUAAGGAUUGUUUCGCUGGCGUGAUAGUAAUUUUUAAAGUUGCACGUUGCCCAAGGCUUUUUUGUGUGUUUUUAUUACUGUUUGUACAUUUGAAAAAUAUUCUUUGAAUAAUCUUGCAGUACUAUAUUUUAAUUUCUUUAUAAAUCCAAAUACAUUUAAGUCAUAAUUGUACACUAUAAUGUAAGCAUAUGUUUUUAUUCAUAGAUUAUAUUGAAGCUCUGAUUGGUUCCCUUCAGAAUUUUUUUUAUAUUCUUCAAGUUACUUUCUUAUUUAUAUUAUGUGUGCAUUUAAUUCAUUUAUGUUUCAGGUGUUCUG